AUGAAUAACUUGAGUGAAUCUUUCAAUAGUACAAUAUUACAAGCUAGGGAUAAGCCAAUACUCACUAUGGUAGAAUGGAUUAGGAACUACGUGAUGAAUAGGAUUGCUAAUAGUGUUGUUAAGCUUGAUAAGUGGAAGCACAAUGUCAUGCCUAAUCCUAGGAAAAGGCUUGAUAAGGAAACAUAUCUUAGUGGAGAAUGGCUGCCUACAUGGAGCAGUGGUGAUUUGUGGCAAGUCCAUCACCCAUAUAAUGGAUUGCAGUUUGUUGUUGAUAUUCGGGAAAAAACCUGUACUUGUUGUUUUUGGGAUCUUGUGGGCAUACCUUGUAGGCAUGUUGUUUCUGCAUUACAGUAUCAAAACUUAGAUCCUGAGAAAUAUGUUGACCCUUGUUACAUGAGAGAAGCUUACAGGGCAUGUUAUGAAAACAAUGUUAGUCCAAUAAAUGGCAUGGACAUGUGGCCAACUGUGGAUGCUGAAGAAUUGUUGCCACCACAAUACAAGAAGGGACCUGGAAGGCCUAAGAAACUGAGGUUUAGAGAGUUGGAUGAGAAUGGUUCAAGGAUGAGGAGGGUAGGUGUAGCAUAUAGAUGCACGCAUUGUGACAAAUUUGGCCAUAAUUCUAGGAAGUGUCAAGCUAAGGAGCAAGAUCCUAAUGCACUAAAGAGAAAGAGAAAGACACCCAGGACCAAAGUGUCAAAAAAAUCUGAUGGGACUGUGGAUGAAGGCCCAGAGAUGGAUGCAAAUGUUGAUACAACUGCAACUGGAGGUGGAACUGUGGAUGAAGACCCAGAGAUGGAUGCAAAUGUUGAUACAACUGCAACUGGAGGUGGAACUGUGGAUGAAGACCCAGAGAUGGAUGCAAAUGUUGAUACAACUGCAAUUGGAGGUGGAACUGUGGAUGAAGGCCCAGAGAUGGAUGCAAAUGUUGAUACAACUGAAAUUGGAGGUGGAACUAUGGAUGAAGGCCCAGAGAUGGAUGCAUUGCUGAAUAAUAUGAUGGAUCUUUAUGAAGAACAACAAUCACAAGUUGACAAUCCCACACAACCUACUGCUAUGCAACCUCCCCCAACACAUGAAUCACAACCUGCUGCAAUGCAACCUCCCCCAACACAUGAUUCACAACCUGCUGCAAUGCAACCUGACCCUGCUGCUACUAAUGUCAAAAAACCUUCAGCUAGGAAAACGGCCGUGGCCGUGCCUUGGAAGCGAUCAAGAAAGAGAGUCAGUGAAAGAUUGAAGGAAGUGAGGAAUGCCAAAAGACAUGGUGGGCCUGGAUCAACACCUGAUGCACCUUUGACCAUAGGUGAAGAAACUGGUGGUAGUACCUCAAAGAAGAUAUCAAGGAAGAAGAGGAAGGGCAUUGAUCAGUAG